GAAACUCGCCCUGAAAAUCCCGCAAACAUGAAAAGAGCAGUAGUAAUUCUCUGGCUCCCCUUGGCAUUCACUAACCUUUAUAUCUUGACAACUUUUUGUCAAAGGACGGACAACUUAACCUUUGUUGUGGCGGUCUUUCGCCAUGGAGACCGUGCUCCCAUUGACACAUACCCCAAUGACCCGCACAAGGAAAAGUUAUGGCCGAAUGGACUCCAACAGCUGACCCAGGAGGGAAUGAGGCAACAAUAUGAACUGGGCCGCUUUCUAAGGAGGCGAUACGAUCAUUUCUUGAGUUCCACGUACAACAGACAAGAGAUCUAUGUUCGCAGCACUGACUAUGACCGGACUCUAAUGAGUGCCCAAGCAAGUUUAGCUGGAUUAUACCCGCCCAAUGGAUCUCAGCUCUGGCACCGAGACAUCCACUGGCAGCCAAUCCCUGUUCACACAGUUCCUGCCUCACAAGAUCGGCUCCUGAAAUUCCCCUCAAAGGACUGCCCAAGGUAUUAUGAGCUAAUGAGGGAGACGAUCCAGCAGCCAGACUAUCAGGACAAAGUAAACAGCUGGAAGGACUUCAUGGAACGAAUAGCAAACUACACAGGUUACAGAGCAGAAACCACUAUCUCUCGUUGGGUCUGGAAGGUCUAUGACACUCUCUUCUGCCAGAAAUCCCACAACAUCAGCCUGCCCUCGUGGGCCACUGCAGAUGUGGUGAAGACCCUGAAAGAGAUCUCUGCUUUUGAUGUGAAGACACAUGUGGAGAUGCACAAGACCAAUGAAAAGGCCCGUCUGACGGGAGGAAUCUUGGUGGAUGCUCUGCUGAGGAACUUCUCGGAUGUGGUAAACAAGUCUUUGCCUCUAAAAAUGCUCAUGUACUCAGCGCAUGACAGCACCCUCAUAGCGUUACAGGGAGCCCUGAAAGUUUACAACGGUUUGCACCCUCCUUAUUCCUCCUGCCACAUAAUUGAAUUCUACAAGGAGGCUGAUGGUACCCACAGUGUAAGAAUGUUCUACCGCAAUGAAACCGUCAGGGAACCGUAUGAGCUGGCGCUGCCUGGAUGUGACUCUCCCUGCCCACUCCUCAACUUCACUCAACUUAUGGCACCUGUGAUUUCAAUGGACUGGAAAAAAGAUUGCGCCUCAGAUGGAUCAUUACAGUACAGAAUUGGUUCUGAAAACAACACUGUUCUGGCUUUGUCCAUCUGUGUGGGAAUCCUUGGACUGACACUCACCGUGAUGCUGUUCUGUGUCUGGAGAACAUACAAACUCCCUGUGAGAAGAUAUCAACGGUAAAUAAACAGUCACCAGCAGUCGAACCUUCUCGUUGCGAUAUGAUUGUACUAUUUGGUUUUUAGACUUUAAAGAGAAAUAAAAGAUUGACUCAG